AUGUCUCUGAACCGUGUCUCCUCGUUGGAGACCUUUGCUCCUCUCCUCACAGAAAACCGAUCUAGGAGAAGCUCGGAUGCCUCGACUCGUGCCCGCAAGAUCAGCUUCAACCCUCUCCCGCCAUCAUGGGAUCCUCCAGCUUUGGAACAGAUCCAGGCCGUAGGUGCCUUUGAAGUACCAAGGUGGAAGAGAACGCUCCAAGUCGUAGUCGCCGUCAUAUACUGCCUCUUUGCCGCCGGAAUCGUCUUCGGCUAUGCCGCCAUCAAGCCCGUCCUAAAACGAGAGGGUGCCUACCAAGAUGUCUGCCGCGUCGAUCCUAACGAUGAGGACGCCAUCAGCGAAGACACAUGCGUCGAGAUCCAUCUAAACCUUAUGUUUACCACGGCCGCCGUGGCUACCAACGUCGCUGCCCUUCCCGUCGGCGCCAUCCUGGAUCGCUAUGGUCCCCGUGUCUGCAGUCUACUGGGAGCUUUCUUCCUCGCUAUCGGUGCUUUGUUCAUGUCCUUCGAGAACAAAUUACCCUUUGACGGCCUGCUAUUCGGAUACCUCUUCCUGGCCCUCGGCGGACCGUUUACCUAUAUCUCGUCCUUCCAGCUGUCCAAUGCCUUCCCCAAGAACUCCGGCUUGAUCCUCGCCCUCCUGACAGGCGCCUUCGACGCCUCGAGCGCUCUGUUCCUGAUAUACCGCGUCAUCUACGAACAAACCAACGAAACCUUUGGCCACCAGAGCUUCUUCCUCGCCUACCUGGUCGUCCCAGCCGCCAUCGUCGUCAUUCAAUUCGUCCUAAUGCCUGCACAAUCCUACAAAACCGUUGGUGAACUAGUGGAGGAGAUCGAGGAGCCCAUCACCGCGGACCUGGAGCCCUACGACCAGAUCGACGAGGAGACUGCCUUGCUCCACGAAGAGGAGAGACAGCAUCGCGCCGAGGUGGUCUCGGGUAUCCAGGAGUUGCUCGGAACUACCAAGGCCGAUAAACAAGCCAGGAAGGAAGAGCGCAAGAACGAGAUCUCGGGAGUUUGGGGUGUCAUGCAUGCUUAUACCGCUUGGGAGCAGAUUAAGUCUCCUUGGUUUAUCCUUAUUUGCUUGUUUACCGUCGUCCAAAUGACACGCAUCAACUACUUCGUCGCCACCAUCCGGGUACAAUACGCCGCCCUCCUCUCCUCCCCUGCUCUCGCCGAGCGCGUAAACGAUUUCUUCGACCUCGCCCUCCCCCUCGGCGGCAUCCUCUCCAUCCCCUUCAUCGGCGCCAUCCUCGACCGCACCUCCACCCUCACCGUCCUCACCACCCUCGUCGCGACCGCCACCACCAUCGGCAUUCUCGGCAUCAUCACGCACUCCAUGCUCGCCGCUUACGCCAACGUCUGCCUUUUUGUUUUGUACAGACCGUUCUACUACACCGCUGUAUCCGAUUACUCGGCCAAGGUCUUCGGCUUCAGGACGUUCGGCACCGUGUACGGGACGAUUAUUUGCUUUGCUGGACUGUUGAAUUUCAGUCAGUCCGGGUUGGAUUACUUGCUUCAUGAGACCUUUAACGGGGACCCGGUGCCCGUGAACGUGGGACUGAUGGCCGCGGGACUGGUGAUUGGGGUGGUGAUGGUCAUGUUUGUUGGAGUGAAGGCGAGGGGGAUCAAGAGGAAGUUGUUGGAGGAGGAGGCGAGGGGGGCGUUUGGGGGGAGUCACGGUACGAGGGAGUGGACGAACUGA